AUGCCAGCUGAGACACACAAGACACGGCAGCGCGUGUCGAAGCAAGUCUCCAGAACAUGCAAAACCUGCACCCCCUGUCGCAGGAAGAAGAUCCGCUGCGAUGGUGCUCGGCCGCAAUGCCUCGAGUGCAGCACAAACGGGCUGGAAUGUGCGUAUCCGCAAGAUGCCAGGCGAGAGCCGCGACCGUCCAGGACUCGUGUGCAGGUUCUCGAGACGACGGUGCUUGCCAUGAUGGAACAUAUGAAGGCCGCUGGGAUUGUUCCGCCACAGACUCUUCUUGCGGACUGGAUGGAUGGGAGCGGGAAUAGAGAUGGGAGUCAGGAAGGAGAUCUGCUGCAGGAACAGCAUUCUCAGCACCAGGAAGGGGGUCUGAUGCAGCAGCAGCAUCCUCACGAUCAGAAUCUCACCGAUCUUGCCUCUAUCGCUGUCAUGGCCAGGCAAUUACCGACCCCGUCCAUAUCCAGCGCCAUGACCGACAAGCCCGACUGCCAUCCAAGUAUCCACUCGCCAUGGGACAGGGAGAACCCGGACAUGAACAAUAUCCAGCUAGGCAUGCAGACGGAGGACCGCGAGAUUCAAGAUACCCACACUACAGACGAAGGAUCAGCGAUGUCGCCGUGCGAAGCCCGCGUGGCCGGGGCGUUUCUUGAACACGGCUGUGUCUCUUCAGUCCACGGUCUUGCGAGUAUUAUGAAUCCAACAUCGAGAGCACAGUAUAGGGAAAGCAUAUCCACGGUAGGCCGGAAGGGCGAGAAUGCCAUCGCGGCAUCCAAAGCGAGGCUCAUCAGCAACGCAGCUUUGCAGCGACAACGAGAGCCUCGCAUUUUUCGCCAUCCAUCAAACAAGAUAGAUCUGGAUGGUUGCGAUCAUGAGCUGGCGAUGCACUUGCUGGAUGUGCACUUCAACCGACAGCACUACGCCUACCUGAUUUCCUAUCGCCCGGCAAUCACGGAGGGCAUCGCGAAUGGCGGCGGGCCUUGGGUUAACAAGCUCUUGCUCAACGCGAUCUACUUCUCCGGCACACUGUAUAGCGAUCGACCAAGCCUGCGUGCUGACCUGAGCGACCAGAACAGCCUCGCAGCGUACUUCUACAGGCGCUUCCGCCAGCUGCUGGCCGACGAAAUAUGCAGCCCUAGCAUCCCCACCGCGGUAGCUCUACUGCUAACCAGUGCGACUCUGGUCUCAAAAGGACAGUCUAGCGCCGGCUGGAAUCUCUCAGGUGUUGCGUACCGCAUGCUCAUCGAUAUGGGAUGCCACCUCAUGCUCGGCCCCGACUACCAGACCAACCUCACAGCAGGCCAUAGCCAGCUGCUGCGUGGCGACCUGGAGCAGGAAAUGCGCAAGCGACUGUACUGGGGGGCAUUUGUCACUGAUGCCACGCAGUCGCUGUACCUUGGGAGGCCGUGUAUGUUUGCAACCACCGAAGCCAGGGUGCCUCUUCUGCUGCUGGACACGUUCGAAGAGUUCGAGGACUGGGAGCCAUAUAUUGACCCUUCGUCUCUUGCUGAACCGCCUCCAGCAUAUGCGCCGCAACCAGCGCAUGCCAUCUCGACGUUCAACUGUCUUGCUCGUCUUUUUCAGAUCUCAGUGCGCAUUACGGAUCUGUAUGGCAUCCAGACUAUGAAGUGCACCUCGGAGUACCUCCAGCAGACCAAGUCAGCUAUCGAGAGAGACUUGGACCAGUGGAAUGCCUCUCUACCAUCUCAUCUGAGGUUCGACCCAGAUACAACCUGCACGCCGCCACCGCACCAGAUAACACCGCAUACAACCUUCCACGCCCUAACCAUACUCCUCAACCGCGCAUUCCUAGAAGAAGGACACCUCCGCCGCCACAGCGACGAAAGCAGCAGAGAACGAAGCGAGCAGGCAUGUAUAUCAAGCGCACUCGCAAUCCAGAAGUUCGUGCGCGCGUACAAGAAAGCCUUUACGCUCCGCCGUGCUCCAUUCCUCCUUUCUUACGCGGUGUAUAGCGCUGUAAUCGUUAUUCUACGCCAGGAGCGACACGAGCGCGGACAAUUCAUGGAGCCGAUAUCCUUCUUUUGGACCUGUCUUAGCGAGCUACAAGGCGGGUGUAACUUUGGCCUGGAGAAGCCACUGAGCAUCCUUCGCGACAUGGUGCAUGAAUUCCAGGUCAGCACUCGGCAUGGAGGGCAGUAUGAGAUACCUCAAAUGAACCUGGACGAGACCCUUUUCCCGCAGCCCGUGAGCCGGCAGGAGCCAUUCACUGUUGUGGGAGACGACUACGACUACAUGGGCAUGGGAGCCAUGGAUCAGUCUGAUCCUGUAGGCUUCGACACCUCAUCGCCAGGUUUCCUUGCCUCAUUGAACCAGCUGGAAAACGACAUAACCCAGGAUAGUUUAUACGGCUUAUUUGCGCCUUCGCAGUUACACCUAUAA